UUCGAGAAUAGUAAUAAUAAAAAAAAGAAAAAUUAUCCGAAAGAAGAAAAAAAAUGGGGAAAUUAAAAGGGUCGGUGUCAGCAGACGGCCAUUGGGUUUCUUUCUUCUGCUUCGGGUUUUCUUUUUCAGAUGUCAGCCAUCCAUUUCCUUCCGUGUUUUCAGUUCUAAAAAUUCUAAUAAAUUCGAAAUCCAAAAUUGAAAAUCAUUUUUAAAAAACUCUUCCUUGUAUUACGCCUUAAUCUUUCCUCUUACUACCCACAUUGUUCUCUGUUUUGGGUUUCUUCUCUUCUUCUCUUUCUAUGUUAUUAGAGAAAUCUUAUUUGAAUUUGUGAGGCUAAAAGCAAAAUAAUAGUAAUAAAAAAAGAAAAACAGGAAGAAAAAGAAGAGAGAAAAUGGCGUCGAAUAUAGGAAUGAUGGAUAGUGCUUACUUUGUUGGAAGGAAUGAGAUUUUAACGUGGAUCAACAGCAGGCUUCAGCUUAAUCUCUCUCGUAUUGAAGAAGCUGCAUCUGGUGCUGUGCAGUGUCAGAUGAUAGAUAUGACCUAUCCAGGAGUUGUCCCAAUGCACAAGGUGAAUUUUGAUGCAAAGACAGAAUAUGAUAUGAUUCAAAAUUACAAGGUUCUACAAGAAGUAUUCAACAAGUUGAAAAUUGAAAAGCAUAUUGAAGUCAAUAGACUUGUUAAAGGCAGACCUUUGGACAACUUGGAGUUCCUACAAUGGCUAAAACGGUAUUGUGAUUCUGUGAAUGGUGGAAUUAUCAAUGAGAAUUAUGAUCCUGUUGAAAGAAGACUUAAAGGUGGCAAAGAGCGGAACUCAAAGGGUACUAAUAAGAGCUCAAAAUCUCUGCAAGCAAACAAUCUCCAUAACUCUGCCUCUGGAGAUACAGUUUCCAAACAAGGGAAGACGGGUGUAGCAGCAUCUUCAGGGGAUGUCCAGGCUUUGUCCAAGGAGGUUACUGAUUUGAAGCUCUCUGUCAACCUUUUGGAAAAGGAAAGAGAUUUUUACUUUGCUAAAUUACGAGAUAUUGAGAUACUUUGUCAGACUCCUGAAGUGGGGAAUCUUCCAAUGGCAAUAGCAAUAAAGAAAAUACUGUAUGCUGCUGAUGCAAAAGAAUCUGCACUGGAAGAAGCUCAAGAGUAUAUCAGCCAAAAUGCUGAUUCUGAUGAAACAGAAGAGGAAAAUGACCAUUGAGCUUUAACAAAUGAAAAGGCAGCUGGGGCUCCAAGUAACACUGUAACAAUUUUCUCCUCUCAAAUAUGCUGGAUGGAUGGCUAUGAAUUGAAUUACUGAAUAGCUUACUAGUGAAAUAGUGAUAUAAGAAAACAACAGUAGUUGCUGCUGUUUUGAGGCUUUCGUACUCAUGUUGUUUUGAUCUCUGAACCUUUUUUAAUGAAUGUAAUUCUUAUAUUUUUAGAGAAAUUAAUGCAAGGAAUAGUGUUAAACUUCAAUUAAAUUUGAU